AUGGUUCAAUUAUUGUGUACGAUAUGGGCGUUAGUGCUCAAAAGUUUAAAAAUAUCAGUUUUUCGAACGUGUUUCGUUAACGCUAUGGAGGAUGAAUAUGGUGAUCCUUUGAUAUCAAGUCCACCAAUUACCUCAUUCUUAAUUGCAACAAGUGUCUAUGUCAUCGUCGUCAGUUCCACGAUAUUUCCUCAAUCUUUCCGAAAACCAAAACCUGUUUUUAUGUGCUUAUAUGAGUUCCUAGUAACAGCGUUCUUCUUGGAGUUUGCAAUUGCUUGUGUAUGGACGCCGAUAGACGUACUUAUCUUGAGCACGUUACCAAAAAAUGUUUACCACGUAACGUUACAAUCUGCCAGUCUAUUCUAA